ACAUACUCCACAUGCUUCAACGUGUUUCUACUAAUCCUAAUUCUACCAUAGCUCCUACUCACUCUAAUAAACGAGCGCGUUUGAAUGAGUAGAAAUUACGGUUGGAGGAAAUAGGAGCAUGUUGGAGCAUGUUGCGACGCGAACAAACCUUUUAAUAUAUACUUGAUUCGAUUUCGCACUUUUGUGUAUUCGCCGUGAUUCGCAGUCCAAGUUCAUACAGGUCAUAUUCCAUCCAACUCCAUCGCAGUCCUCAGAGAGUAUCAGAAAGUAUUGCAGAGUCUUGCGUGGUCUCUGAUCUCACAUGGUUUUACACAAUAAAGUUUUACUUUGUUGUUUUCAUUUCGACUCGUACACAUUUAUGAUAAACAAUUCUUAUAUUGAAAAUAAGAUGCGAUAAUAUAUUGUAACUAUAAAACUUCAGAAUUUUGUAAGAAUAAUCGUAAAGAGUUUUGUACUUCAAGAGAAAUACACUAGAAAAACAAGAUUCGAUCUCAUGAGUAAUAAUAAGGAAGGAUUUAUUGCUGUACAUGUUGGUGCUGGGCAGCACUCGGCGUCACUCAAAGAAAAGUAUCAAAAACUAUGUCGUGAUGCAUGCAAAGUGGGAACUCAAAGUUUGAAGUCUAAUGGCAAUGUAUUAGAUGCAGUGGUCGAAGCAGUAAUGAUAUUGGAAGAUUCUCCUCUGACAAAUGCUGGAUUCGGAUCAAAUCUUACGUUGAAUGGUACAGUGGAGUGCGACGCAAGUGUAAUGGAUGGUAGCAGUUUGCAAUAUGGUGCAGUUGGCGCAGUUAGCGGAAUAAAAAAUCCUGUGUUGUUGGCAAAGCGCUUGUGUGAGCAGCAGUCCAUUAAGUUUGCAUAUGGCAGAAUUCCUCCUAGUUUUUUAGUUGGAAAUGGUGCACAUAUUUGGGCACACGAGAUGGGCAUACAAAUUUUACCUCCAGAACAAUUAAUAUCAGUGAAAGCUCAAAAGAUAUAUAAGCAUUAUAAAAGAAAAUUAGAAAGCUGCAGUACAGAGGUUCAAAAGUGUGCUAAGAAAAGGAUGGACACAGUAGGAGCAAUAUGUGUCGAUAACAGUGGAAAUAUAGCUGCAGCUUGCUCGAGUGGUGGUAUAAUUUUAAAAUAUCCAGGAAGAGUUGGACAAGCUGGAGUAUGGGGCUGUGGUACCUGGGCUUGCAAAGAUACUUCGUAUUCAGUAGGCACUAGUACUUCAGGUUGUGGAGAGCAUCUUGUGCGCACCUCAUUAGCGCGUACAAUCGCAGAAGCUAUUUCAGAUACAUCUUGUCCAACUACAAGUUUGCAUCGUGCGAUGAGCACAGAUUUCAUCGAUUCGAAAUUUCUCUGUGGACUUGAACAAAAACUUGGUGGUGUCAUCGCAAUACGAUAUUCUCCACAAGAAGGCUUAGGCGAUUUUCUCUGGAGCCAUUCCACAAAUUCUAUGAUAAUAGGUUAUAUGAAUACAUGUGAACGUGCAUCAAUGAGUUACAUGUCGGCCUUACCAUCACAUGAAGUAGGUAAGAAAGCUAUUGUUGAAGGAGUGUGCUUUAAAUUAGCGGGAUUCGAUAAAGUCUGAGAAUAAUUGUAUCAAUGAAAGGAUUUUUCACAAAAAUCAAACAAAAAGUUGAAUUUUCAGAAAACAAAA